CAAAAUGUUUUGUACCAAUGAUAGCGCGGGUCAAACAACACUGUCGCUGUAAUAGACGCUGUGAGUUUAAAAAGAAUAUCAAAAAUAUCACAAUGAAGGAAGUCAGGGAGGCCAUAGAACAAACAAGGAAAGAGUUGAAAGUGGAAACAGUUACACUCACGAGUUUCAUCAUGAAGAAAAUAUCCAUGAAGGACACGCGAACCUCGUCGAUAGGAUUUGGCAUCGUAGCAAUUACCAUGCUGGUAUUGGUGUUGGGAUUUCUAAGUGCAGGAGAUAUAAUUGGUCUCGUCAAAUAUUUCGAAAAUCGUAGGAAACCAACAAGCGUAAAAAGGAGUGUUAAAGGAAAAAAGGGAAGGAGAUUAGGACUAAGAAAAGAACUUGCAAUAAACAGAGAAAAUAUAGCGGAGACAAAGAAUGCUUAAGUCAGCCCCUAGGCAAGUAACAGACUGCGUUAACAGUAUGACAGAGAACACACUUCUAAAAACGUGCAUAAGUCGUUAUGAGGGAAACAUUCAAUAUUUCAAAUCCAAGGUUACUAGCAUAAUGAUUUAUGUUAUUGACGGACAUUUAAAUCUUUAUUUUCUUCAAAAUAUCAUGCGAAAGUGAAAUAUAUAAAAAGAAGACGGCUGUCCUCGUCGAUUAGCUACUGAAAUGACAACAUUGAUAUUUGAUGUGCUAUUCACUUGUAGUGGUUUUGUAUAAUACAUACAUAUCCUGGAAUACAAUACAGUGAUCAAUACAAUAUCCGCGAAUACAAUACAGUAACCAAUACAAUAUUCGUGAACAUGAUACAGUGAAGAAUGCAAUAUUCGUGAAUACAAUACAUUUCACAAAAUAACCCACUGUUAGUUUGUACCAACCCGACAUGUGUUCGGUAGCAAAAAUAUUCACAACUGUUUCUAUGUUCUUAUGUAACAAACACCGUUUCCACAAGCGCACAGGUAAAGCCAUCCGUGUUAAAAAGAAACAAAAAUACGCCAGUUGGAACAAAGACCCAGGUUAGCAAGCAUCAGGAAUA